AUGCUACAAACGCGACAGUCGCGUGACGGUGGGAAACGGAAGUCGCCCUCCUUCUUAGUCGCGAUUGGAGGCGGUGCUACGAACAGCCUUCAGCCAGCCCCGCUCCGAAAAUGGUUCUCGAUGGCUAGAAACGCCUUGCCCGAGUACGCACCAGCAGCUGCAUGCAUUUGCGUGCGGCCGGAGCUGAUGGCCCAGUCGAAGAGCGGUACCAUCAUAGCUCAGCUCAUGCGGCAGCCGCAGCCGCCGCAGUUCCACAGCUUGGCUCGAGACGGGAUGUCGAAAGCAUGGCCUGAGCUGGUUCCAGAGUUUGGUGCGCCGGAGAUGGUCUAUGUUCAACUUGAAGAGUUUGAGGCUGAAGGCUUCCCGUACCAAGCCGCAGUCGAAGUACACCAGGACAUGGCGAAACGUCACCAGUGGGCUGAGGCUCUCAGCCGGGCACUGCACCUGCUGACACGAAGUGAGAGUGAGUGCAGUCUUCGGACGAUCUUCGGCCUGUUGCUGCAUGCAGCAGGAAAGUGCCAGGCGGCAAAAGUGCGGGCUUUGCAGAUGAUCUUCCAGCACUGCACUCCGCAUUUGCUGCCAGCCUUGCCUAGCGAAGAGGCUGAGGGCUCGCUGACAGAUGGACGCAAGCGCAUCCAGGCUGCAACAGAGGAGUUCCUCGACGAGGAAAAGGAUAGAGCAUUCACCACUUAUCUCGAAGAGCCUACGGAGAUGUGCUUGGAGGCCAUGGGGCAAGACAGCUUGGAUGUGAACGUGCACGGCGCAAACACACACUUGGCUGUUCUGGCCUCAACACUGGCUGUGAGGCUUCCCCGGGAGCCUGACCUUGAAGAUGAGAGCAAGGGACUCGCUCCUUUUUUGGAUUUCGAGUUCGCGGACGGAAGCUUGGAAAUUCUGCAGCGCCCUGAAAACUUCGGGAAGAAGUUUGGAGCCGUCGCGGAGUGCAGGGAGCCAAGCAUUCGAAGCGGUCCCGGGCUGUGGGACACGAAGUCGUGGCUGCAACGUGGCGGCUGUGCCAAGGACUCGGCAAGGAAGGCCGCUUCCAGCUGCAAGUCCGCGGCCCCCAUGAGAGCAAAAGCCAAGGCUUAUGUGGAGCCUUUUGCCCAAGUUUUCACGGCCCGGCGAUUUUUGCCACGCCUUCUCAGCUAUCUCACCAGCGACGAGAUAGAUCUCGGACAGGAUCUGAACACAGAGUUGCAGGCAUUGCUGAACGGAGCUGAGAGCGACGCUUUCCAUGGGCCGCCGCUGGGCCCCGUCACACCUGAGGAAGCAGCGAGCUGCCAACAGUUUCUGUGGUCUGCCAGUGACACCACACGCCCUCAGUUUCAACUUGGCAGGGCGAUCAAGCUGUUUCAAUCCAUCGGCAUCGUUAAAUCCAGUGAUCAGAUGAUCGACUCGGAGUCUGGAUGCCAGUGUGACGGUUCGGCCCCGAGUUCCCUGCCCAAUCCUGAACGAGAUUCUGUCAAGCGGCGGAGGAUUGGGAAACAGGGUGCCAAAUGA